GCUGCGGCUGGCGCCGCGGGGAAGCCGGGCCGGCAGGAGGCGUCCUGCGGCGAGAGGGCGGGACGAGGCGGGGGGUGCCGGCUCUCCCGGAAACAGCGCCGGCCGGCGGCGAAGCGGAGCCCAGUUGCCGUUGGUCGGGUGCUCUCGCCGCCGCUGAGCGGUUGGGUUGGCGCGGCGGGCGGCAUGGAACCGGUGCCCCGUGAAGAGAAGCCCAACCCGUUAGAGGAUGCCAACUUCUGCUCCCGGCUCUUCUUCUGGUGGCUGAACCCCUUAUUUAUUACUGGCCAUAAACGAAAGCUUGAAGAAGAUGAUAUGUAUAAAGUGCUGCCAGAAGAUUCCUCAGAGAAGCUUGGAGAAGAAUUGCAGUGGUACUGGGACAAAGAAGUGCAGAAAGCGAAAAAGAGAGGAAAAAUGCCACACUUAACAAAAGCCAUUGUCCUUUGUUACUGGAAAUCCUAUUUAGUUUUGGGAAUUUUCACAAUGAUUGAGGAAACCCUCAAAAUAGUUCAGCCAGUAUUUUUGGGGAAAAUUAUUAGUUUCUUUGAAAACUAUGAUUCCUCAGAUGAGAUUGCUUUGAAUAUUGCAUAUUGCUAUGCAGCUGCUCUGUCUGUGUGCACUCUUAUUCUAGCCAUAAUGCACCACUUAUAUUUCUAUCACGUACUACGGGCUGGCAUGAAGCUGAGGGUAGCUAUGUGCCACAUGAUUUAUCGGAAGGCGCUUCGUCUCAGUAACGUAGCCAUGGCAAAAACCACCACUGGUCAGAUAGUGAAUCUUCUCUCAAACGAUGUGAACAAAUUCGAUCAGGUAACAAUUUUCCUGCACUUCUUGUGGGCUGGACCAAUUCAAGCUGUAGCAGUAACAGUGCUUCUCUGGAUGGAGAUAGGCCCAUCAUGUCUUGCAGGAAUGGCAGUUCUGAUUAUUCUUCUUCCUGUUCAGACAUGCAUUGGGAGGCUUUUUUCUUCUCUAAGAAGCAAGACAGCUGCCCUAACAGAUGUCAGGAUUAGGACCAUGAAUGAAGUCAUAAGUGGUAUGAAGAUAAUAAAGAUGUACGCUUGGGAAAAAUCAUUUGCAGAACUUGUGAAUGGUUUAAGAAGGAAGGAGAUUGCUAUGGUUAUGAAAAGCUCCUACCUUCGAGGACUGAACUUAGCCUCUUUCUUUGUGGGAAGCAAAAUAACAGUGUUCAUGACUUUCAUGGCAUAUGUGCUACUUGGCAAUGUUAUCUCUGCAAGUCGGGUGUUUGUUGCAGUGUCCCUGUAUGGUGCAGUGAGGCUGACGGUAACUCUCUUCUUCCCUUCGGCGGUGGAGAGAGUAUCCGAGGCAGUGAUUAGCAUACAACGAAUCAAGAACUUUCUGAUCCUUGAUGAAGUCUCACACUUCCAGCCACAACUUCAUGAUAAUAAUGAGAAUGCCAUUCUUCAUGUUCAGGAUUUGACUUGCUACUGGGAUAAGAGUUUAGAAAGCCCAGCACUUCAACAAGUUUCAUUUACUGUCAGACGAGGGGAAUUACUGGCUGUGAUCGGUCCUGUAGGAGCUGGAAAAUCUUCACUCUUAAGUGCUGUGCUUGGCGAGCUGCCUAAAGACAAAGGUUUGAUAAAUGUCAGUGGAAGAAUUGCCUACGUUUCUCAGCAGCCUUGGGUGUUUUCUGGCACAGUAAGAAGCAAUAUACUCUUUGACAAGGAGUAUGAGAAAGAAAAAUAUGAAAAAGUUUUGAAAGUCUGUGCUCUUAAAAAGGACUUGGAAUUAUUAGCAGAUGGUGACCUAACAGUAAUAGGAGAUCGUGGAGCGACACUGAGCGGGGGACAGAAGGCUCGUGUAAAUCUGGCCAGAGCUGUGUAUCAGGAUGCAGACAUCUAUCUUUUGGAUGAUCCGCUGAGUGCAGUAGAUGCUGAAGUUGGGAGGCAUUUGUUUGAAAAAUGUAUUUGUCAGGCCUUACACCAGAAGAUCUCUGUUUUGGUCACUCAUCAAUUGCAAUAUCUCCGUGCUGCAAAUCAGAUUCUGAUUCUAAAAGACGGUAAAAUGGUGGGGAAAGGUACCUAUUCAGAGUUCCUGAGGUCUGGCAUCGACUUUGCUUCCCUUCUGAAAAAAGAAGAGGAGGUAGAACAGCCAUCCGUUCCAGGAACCCCCAACCUGAAGUCAGCCCGGAGCCGAACCUUCUCCGAGUCCUCUGUCUGGUCCCAGGAUUCAUCUGUUCACUCGCAGAAAGAUGGAGCAGUGGAACCACCACCUACUGAAAAUGCACUGACUGCAGUGCCAGAGGAGAGUCGUUCUGAGGGAAAAAUAAACUUCAAGAUUUACAGAAAGUACUUCACAGCAGGAGCAAACUAUUUUGUGAUUUUUAUACUUAUACUAUUCAAUAUUUUGGCACAGGUGGCAUAUGUGCUCCAAGACUGGUGGCUUUCUUACUGGGCAAAUCAUCAAGAAAAGCUGAAUGUCACAACAAAUGGAAAUAGUGGAGUAAAUGAGACUGAACACCUAGACCUUAACUUUUACUUGGGAAUAUAUGCAGGUUUGACCGUGGCUACAAUACUAUUUGGCAUAAUAAGAAGUCUUUUGGUGUUUCAAGUCCUUGUUAAUUCUGGUCAGAAUUUGCACAACAAAAUGUUUCAGUCCAUUUUGAAAGCUCCUGUCUUGUUUUUUGACAGAAAUCCCAUAGGAAGGAUCUUAAAUCGUUUCUCCAAAGACAUUGGCCACAUGGAUGACUUGCUUCCGUUGACGUUUUUGGACUUUGUACAGACUCUCUUCCAGAUUUUUGGUGUGGUGGCUGUGGCUGUGGCAGUGAUUCCUUGGAUACUCAUCCCCUUAGUACCACUGUUUAUUCUUUUCGUUUUUCUUCGAAGAUAUUUCUUAGACACUUCAAGAGAUAUUAAGCGUCUGGAAUCCACAACUCGAAGUCCAGUGUUCUCCCACUUGUCAUCAUCCCUCCAGGGACUUUGGACUAUUCGGGCUUUAAAAGCAGAGGAAAGAUUUCAGAAAUUAUUUGAUGCACACCAAGACCUCCACUCAGAGGCCUGGUUUCUAUUUUUGACAACCUCGAGGUGGUUUGCUGUGCGUCUGGAUGCCAUCUGUGCCAUUUUUGUUAUAGUGGUUGCUUUUGGUUCCCUGCUUCUCGCCAAGACUUUGAACGCGGGGCAGGUUGGCUUGGCGCUAUCCUAUGCGAUCACCCUCAUGGGAACGUUCCAGUGGGGUGUUAGACAAAGUGCUGAAGUGGAGAACCUGAUGAUAUCAGUAGAAAGAGUAAUGGAAUACACAGAACUUGAAAAAGAAGCUCCUUGGGAGACCAACAAGCAUCCACCACCUGAAUGGCCAAGCCAAGGAAUGAUAGUAUUUGAAAAUGUUAACUUCACUUACAGUCUCGAUGGACCUUUGGUGUUAAGACACUUGUCUGUUUCAAUUAAACCAAAAGAAAAGGUUGGAAUAGUGGGAAGGACUGGAGCUGGGAAAAGCUCUCUGAUAGCAGCCCUCUUCCGCUUGGCGGAACCUGAAGGGAAGAUUUGGAUCGAUAAGUAUUUGACAUCCGAGCUGGGACUCCAUGACUUGAGGAAGAAAAUCUCAAUUAUACCUCAGGAGCCUGUUUUGUUCACUGGAACUAUGAGGAAAAACUUGGAUCCUUUCAAUGAGUACACUGAUGAAGAGCUGUGGAAUGCCUUGGAAGAGGUGCAACUGAAGGAGGUUGUGGAAGAUCUGCCUAAUAAAAUGGAGAUGGAGCUGGCAGAAUCUGGAUCUAAUUUUAGUGUUGGUCAGAGACAGCUGGUGUGUCUUGCCAGAGCAGUUCUAAAAAAGAAUCGGAUCCUUAUCAUUGAUGAAGCAACAGCAAAUGUGGACCCAAGAACAGACGAGUUCAUUCAAAAGACGAUCCGUGAGAAGUUCGCUCACUGCACGGUGCUGACCAUUGCACACCGCUUGAACACCAUCAUCGACAGUGACAGGAUUAUGGUUUUAGAUGCAGGAAGACUGAAAGAGUAUGGUGAGCCUUACAUUUUGCUGCAAGAACAAGAUGGCUUGUUUUACAAAAUGGUGCAACAAGUGGGCAAGACUGAAGCAGCUUCUCUGAUGGAAACAGCCAAACGGGUGUACUUCAGUAAGAAUUACCCAGAAGUUGUUCAGAAUGGUCAGCUUGCCACAGACUCCUCCUUGGAUCCUUCAUCAGGGCUAUGCAUAACUGAAACUGCACUGUGAUUCCUGAUAACUGUAACUGUUUUCCAUAGACUGAAAACCUGAGAUCAUCCAAACUCGGUGACAAUGUUUGCAAGUGUCAGUGGAAGAGGAAAGGGAGGGGAUGAUUCUUUGCACUGGACAUCCUUCCUAUUUAAAUACUGAGCAGAAACUUUUUACUGUCCCUCUUUAAUUUCAGUGCAAUACGUUUUCUUUUCCAACUAAUUAUGUUUGUGUUGCUAAGGAAAUUAGACAGACUCAGCUUUUAUUUGAAAGUUGUGUUAGAGAUCUCUUAUUUAAACGGGUGCAGGACACCUAACAGGCUUAGGGUGCAUACUUGGAGCUUAUUUAAUUUUUUUUUUUUUAAGUGUCCUUUUUCUCUUCUGGAAAUAUAUUCAGAGCAAGCAAAACCAAAUUUUUUUUGUUGCUGUUGUGACUUCAGCACAACAGCUGUGACUAAACAGCAGGUUUGGCAGCGUACAACUUGGUUGUCUAAUGCGACUGUCUUUUCUACCUGUCAUGAGCAACUAUGCAGGUUUGGGGAAAAGACAAAAAAUAAUCAAAGAGGCCAAAAACUACUUUUUGAUAGCAAAAAAUACAAGAUAGCUUUUGCUGGGUUGUUUUAUUGGGUUUUUUUUUUUUGAUAUGUCAAGUAAUGCUCUUGAAGAUGAAUGUAAAUACGACUUUUAUUUUGCUAAAAUCCAAAUGCUGAAAAAUCAAUCUCAGUCUUCUAUACUUUAGAAGAAAAUUACCAUAUUUGCACUGAUGAAGAAAUAUUUAAAUAAUUUAACAGACAUUCCUCUUUUUUUUUUUUUUUAUCCAGGUUAUCAAAGGAAAAAAGGUAUUAAAAUCACUUGAGGAAACGUUUGAAUGACAUGUCAUUAUACCUAAAUGUUGUGUAGUACAAAGUUAUCUUCAACACAACACAUUGAAACGUAUACAUUAUUUGCAUUUAUUUGUGCCUUAAUAUUUGUGCCUUCAAGCCAAAAGCUGUGACUGCAGGGUACACAACAAAUUCAUUAAAUAUAUGUUGAGAAAGAAAAGGUAACCUUGGUAUGUUGAAAGUUAUGCAUUAGGGGUUCUGUUGAACUCAAGCUGUUUGAAGUUACCGUCCUACCAGAACAGAUAGGAAAGUACAGCCUGUAGUUUUUGAAUGGCAGUUCCUGAUACUCAGAGGGUUGCAGUGAGAGGGAGAUUUGGUAGUCGUGAAUUAUGUCCUGAUUCAGCAAAGCACUUCAAAUGCAAGGGCACUAUUUCUGUGGUUUAAAAAAACCCAAACAACAAAGCAAGUGCUGUGCUGCUUUAGAUCUUUUUUUUUUCCCCUUGUUUAGUGAGAUACUUACUCUUUGAAGCCCAGUAGAAAAUAAAUCUAUCCAUUUUACUGUUUAAAGAGACCAAAAGUCAAUGGAUCUCUUCAGGACAAGCUAAAUACUGUGCUUUUUUAAAAGUACUGAAGAUGCUUGCUGUUACCUUUGUAAGAUGAAUGUUAUUUACCCAGUGGUCUAAAAGAAAGGCAAACACGAAUGCUUCUCUUUUCAGGAAGUUCUACCAGCAAAUAACUGAUCCAAAUACUAAAUUACUCUGCCCUUGUCGAAAAGUAAAUCUAGGCCAAAGCGUGUGCCUGAGCACAAAGAUUCAUCAGGAAGGAUUUUUGUCCUGCUCCAGAAUCAGCCCACUGGUGGGAGGCAGAAUCUUUGUUCCCCUGUUGCUGCAUCUUCCUUUUGCUGAGGCUCGCUGCCCUGCUGUGUGGUGACAGGAGAAAGGCUGUGGUCCCUUACUACCUGCAGUGCCACCAGCCAGCUUCCCCUAGCGAGGAGGAAGCAGGAAACAACACUGGGCAUCUGGUUUUGCUGGUAACCUACUCUUCUGUUGUUAUCAGAACUUACAAAAUGAAAUGCUCUUGGCCCUAGCUUUCUUUUGGCAGAUUCUGACACUGCUUCUGCAGCAUGUAGCGCCUUGCGCUAUAACAAAUCCUGCUGAGAGUGGCGGAAUUGAACUUCAUGCAGUGAUGCGCAGCGUGAGGCUUGUACUACAGCUGGUGCUAACUAGCAGAUGGUCAGGGAUGGCUACCUAGCCCCAAAGCUGUGUGGCAUGGAGUGGCUUCUGUAAGCAGUGCAUACGGCUGAUCAUUAGAGCGCACCAGGUGCAUGCACCUUUCAGUAUCGUUUGGCCUUUGGUCUUCUCCAGAUUUAGGCAGUUCGCUGAUGGACCUCGCACACAGUUACUGUCUAGUGUGUUUUGUUGUGGUUUCCUUUUCAAUUCAUGUUGUCUGAAGUAAGGAUAGGGCUACUGUGCAGCUCAGCAGAGUGUUCGUAUUGCAGAGAUACAAGAAGACGUAGAGAAGGGUUUUGAGUGUGCAAAGUCACAUGGGGCAAUUCUGAGCGACUGCACAGCAUGCAGAAAAUUCAGCCUUGCAAGAUCUUGUCUGUAACUGACUUUUUUGGACAGGAUCUGUGGUGUGAACCGUGUCUGAACUCUGCUUUGCCAUGAAGAGACCUGGCUGGAGUGGUCCAACGCAGAGCUAGGGAGAGCUGACCAAUACGGCAGUAUAAACACUCAAUGGAGUCUGGUGCUGGAGCUCAUUUCUUUACCUUUUUUAUUGAGCAGUGUUGGCAUACCAGGAGUCUAACCAUGUUACAAUAGUGGGUUUAUUUCAAAAUAGUUACCUCUUUUAAGAGAGUAAGUAGGAUGUGUAAUACACACUGAGACUUUAAAUCUUCCAGAGAACAGUACGUUUCCCUGGCCAUAUGCAUUGAGUUUACUUUUUAUCAGAACCACAGAGAUAUGCAUGUGUAAACCAAGGGUAUAAUUACAGUUUUAGUUCAUUUCAGCUCUGAAAUGAAUCUAUGGUAAGUUAUAUUUCAGAGCAAAGCUCCAAAACGCUGGCUGCAGCAAACUCACUGGUAUGAAACCCUGACAGAUCUAGCUAUCAGUCUAUAACCUAGAAUUAAUUUGGCUCUGUAGCUUUUUGAAUGCGUACAAAAAUGUUAGGUAUCUCUGAAAGUGCUGAUUCUGCUUCUUCCCACUUUGGCAGGACCUUAGUAGCUGUAGGUAUCAAAUCUCAAUUACAAGAGGGACAAAAACUUUUACACUUGAAACCCGUUAAUUGCUGAGUAGAACAACUGAUAAUGAGUCAUUCGUGUCUGUCAUUGGCAUUAGAUCAUCUUCUUAAAGUCACAAAAAGUAUCUUUUAUCAGAAAAUUUUGGGUUAGAUUCUUUUUGGUUUUGAUGUUGAUAGUUGGGGUUUUUUUUUAUGAUGCCUGUUGGUUAAGAUAACUUACUCAUUUGAUUUUAGAUUAGUAAAAAGAAGUGCAGUGUACCUGAACAGCAAAACUCAGAUGAGGGAUGAGAAAGACCUUCCUGUGGGUAAAUUCUUGGUCAGUUAAAUGGACAAAUUAUCUGCCUGUCAAUGUGGGGUGUUUGUUUCCUUUUAGAGUUCAAACAGUUCUAAAUUUCCACUUUGAAAAUGUUCACACUUUUGUUUGGAAAUAGUACAGCUGGUUACUAUGAGCCACAUUCCUUACUGGGAUCCUAGAAAAAGAACUCAGUCUUCUGAGGUAUUGAGGCCUUUCAAAUAUUUCUUUGCCAUGAGGUGCCUUAAAGUCUUAUUAUUUCUAAUAAUUUUAUACAGUAAUACUGAAAACAGUCAGCUACAGAACUCUUUAUUUAUUGUAAAAAAAAAAACCUACAGCAGCCACUACUUCUGAUCUCAAGAAUUGUCCUCCAGAUGUUUGUGUUGGUCUAUCUUUACUCCACCUCUCCUCAAAGGACCAUUGGGGGUCAAAGUCACCACAGUUCUUAAGGAUAGAUUAUCUCUUGUGUUGCUUAUCUCAAGGGCAGAAUUCUCUUUAGUGAGAAUGAACCAGAGCUCAGUUUCCAGACAGGCAUAGUCUUCUGUGUUGUCAUUCAUUCUGCCCUCUGGAAGAGGGAGAAGCUGCUUCUGACCAACAUCAGUGAUGCUGGUUGCUCGAGUGAUGUUCAUGCUUUCUUUUAACCUUCCCAGUGCAUGUUUAAAGUGAGACUGAAACCAACCAAACAAAAAGCCAAAAUAAAAUAAAAAAAAAAAACACAAAAACCAAAAACUGAAGGGAACAAAAGAUCCAACUGUUCUAGAAACUUCCCUGAGGAUGCUGCUUAUGGCAUUAAUUUGACCCUUUGAAAAUAUCUGACUUCGGAUUUUGUCCCUCUUUGGCUGGAGGAGAAAGAGUUGAAACCACUCAUUUGCUGUGAUGGUUGAGGAGCAUCUGACACUCCAGCAGAAGAAUGUGGCUUUCUCUAUCUGUUUUACAUAUUGUACCAGCACACUGCUUUUUCAUCAUUUUAACUCUGGGUUUGUCUUGUUUUGUUGCACCUGUAUAACAAUUUGGUUUUGGUAUUGCCGUGGAGAGAUUUCUGUUGUUGACGUUCGCAGCGACAGCUCCUGGUAUACAAUAAAAGGUGUUUCUCAGAA